AAUUAUGUCAUAUGGAUAUGACCAUGAUCAGAGAGUAUUUAAUUCUCUGCCAUGAUCCAUAAAAAAAAUCUGGGGAGUAUGAAACGGGUUUUGUUUUGACCCUCAUUUGGCUAAAAAGUUUACGUUUACAUCCCCCUGUAGCAUCACUAAAAGCCAGUGUGACGACAUUACAUUUCAGUUGACAAUACAAACUACAACAUGGCAGCACCGCAACGUGACACGUCGACUCUGUAUCUUUUUGACGUUGAUGGAACACUUACACCGUCUCGAAAUUAAAAAACGAGUUUGAUUAUGUCUUCGCUGAGAACGGACUAGUUGCAUUUAAAGGCGAGGUCCAAAUCGGCCAACAGAAUCUUAAAGCAUUUGUUGGAGAUGAACUUCUUCAGAAGUUGAUUAAUUUUGCUCUUGGAUACAUGUCAAAGUUGGUUCUACCAUGCAAAAGGGUGGCAAUGAUCAUGAGCUUUUUGAGGACCCAAAGACCAUCGGCCAUACCGUGAAGAACCCAACAGACACUGUUUCGCAGGUCAAGGAGCUGUUAUUCAAAGUCUGAUUGAAAUUCAUGCAUUUGCUGUUCAGCAUCAUUUCUAGUUUUAUUGGUUUAAAAUUGAGAUACUUUGAAUUCAAGGAAACUUUGUGGUCAUUGAAAUACAGUAUGACAUGUAAUUCUCAAAAUGGUGAAUGUUAAAGGAGAUUGUUCUAUUGUCCUUACCUCCUAACAUUUGGUAUUUUACUACUGACAAACUCAAUAAUUUCUCAUAAUAAAGACUUUGAUUCAAUUAGCUGUUUACGCAACAGCAAAAAUUGAAAUCUGAAGGGAUUUAUGCAGGUUGUAUUGGAGGGAUCAUAUUCAUGCAGGAUGCAUACUUCACAGAGCACUUUAUGCUUUGCUGGUUUAUUUAUGGUUUUGUAUUCCUAAAUGUUGCUUAAACUACAGUGAAGUCCGCUUAAAUCCAAAUCUGUGGGAUUGCCAGUUCAGGUGGAUGUCGUUUCACUUUUCUAUCACAAUCACACCCCAAUAAAUUGGUCAAAAUUGCAGGUUUAGAGAGGCUGCUCAGAUAGAAGGAAAAAUAAAUCAGGGGUUUAUAUUUUUCUUUCUUCACAGCUGCUUUCGGUUUACUCAUGUACAGAUUUUAUCGGACUCCACUGUACUUGUUAUUAAUCUUCUGUGUGCUUGUUUUGUGUCUUUUUUGUGCUUGUAUUUAUUCUGUUGGGGACCAUCACCAUUUAUUGUUGGGUUUUUUUUGGUUGAGUCUUAGUAGAGUAUGUUCAAAAUUUCAAAGAUCUGGUAUAUUUAGGUAUGGUAAUGUGAAAGAGAAUAAUAGGUCAUGUCAACAAGAUGCAAGGCUGUAUUAGGUAUUUUUCCAGCUCUUUCCAUCAAUAACAGUGAUGGAGAUAGAUGACGGAUGUUGUUCUGUUUUUCCUUUAUAUGCAUUUAUUUAAAAUCUCAUUUGCUGUAGCCAUCAUUGCCCAUUAGAUUGUUACUGGGUAUAUUUAUAUUUUGUAAGGUUUGCAUCAUUUUAAUAACUGAAGCGUGUCAAUGUAAACGUAAGUGAGAAGUUGUGUGUUCUAGUGCUACCCGAUUUGAAGUGCCAUAGGUAAUGUGAGCAGUGUGAUUCACAAACGAAUGUGUUUUCCCAUUCCCCUUUUGGUUUUCGAGUUUUUGCAUUACAGUCAAACUUCGUUGUACCGCCCCAUGAUAUAACCUAUACUGCCAGCCCCGCUUACCGCCAAGUUUUCCCAAUGUACGAAAAGGAAAGUCUAUAUACACAGUACUUGGGCCUGUACACCGCCGUCUGCCAAGUGUCAGAGUUGUACGGUCCUUAUUAAACUAAUGUAAAUUUGCCCCACUGUAUCACCAAUGCAUUGGCCGCCAAGGAUACACACUACACAGAGCAUGGCACCCGCACAGUGGCUACUUGAUAAUCUCUUUCUCACACUCAUCUUUGCAAGCUCUGCCUAUUUUGCCUUGAUUUGUACUGAUUGUGAAAUGCUAUUAGUUUAAGGCUGUGGCCAAUACUUUUUUAAAAAUUGGAAAGAAAGUUUUAAAUGGCGUGGAGAAACUUCAAAGGAGCUGCACCAACUCCAGGUAUCAGCCCAAUGACCAAAAGGCUGGCAGGCACCUGUGAGGCUUUUAUAUUGUGAGGAUGCACGCUCAUAUCUACUUGGUAGAUCUAUGGCGGGCUAAGGACUGAUGAAUAUCAGGUAAAAAUAAAAACAAAAAAACUUGGCUACAGAGUUCUUGACACAUACAGCCUAGCUUCUGAUCCUAUCUUCCUUCAAUUGGAAUGUACUUAAACUUAAAAUUAUCCAGAACUGUAUGUGUAAUAAGUUGCUACUUAUUUUUUCUCUGUGCGUGGCAAUCUUGCAAGACAGAUUUAGAUGAGGCAAGACUGGUCACAGUUUGUCUUUAGUCUCUACCACCCUACCACUAAUCAAGAUGGCAAUGGAUGGUAUCCCGUUAUACCGCCAGCCCCGCUGUACCACCAACUUUAUGCUCGUCUCAAGGUAGACGGUAUAACGAGGUUUGACUGUUUAUUAGAAUAAUUAGAUAGUUUUCUGCAGUGACUAUUUUCCUCCAAUGAUGAACAUGGCUUGUAAAAUUAUGACCAUCAGUCUCUACUUGCUUUGUCAGCUGUCACCUGUUCUAGCUCUAUACAUAGUUAUUGUUUGUUAUUUGUUUUCUUUCAUUUUGAAUACAUUAUUUUCAGGGUCAUUUCAAUCUUUUCCUAACCAGCUGUCUGUGGUGCCUUUUUAAGGAAUGGGUCCUUCCACUGCUUGUGGAUAAAUUAUUUUAGGGGGGGGGGGGGGGUAAGAAAUAUUCUCUACUUGCUGUUGGGAAGCUCCUUUCAUGAAGCAAUGAGAUAAGAAUGUUUUUCAAAUGGACUGUUUUUGUCUCCUAAUUAUAUGCACAUGCCACCAGUUCUGCCUACUAUGGGGCAUUUGUGAUCAGUAUUCGAUGUUAUCGUUUAUAUUAAAAUGCAAAUAAACUAUACUUACAUUCUUUUUUUUAAA